CCGGGGACAGCUGGCUGUAAGAAGCAGCCAACCAGCGACGACCAUCAUACGGGGAGCGUCUCACCCCUGAAGCACACACUCUCUGCCCCCUGCUCUUCGUUCGGUGAGGCCGAUCUUCUCCAGCCCUCCCUGAACACAUCCCCCCCCCACACCAGGAGAAGGAGCAGGGAACCCCCAUGGCGGCCCUGACCAUAGACCCCGUGGAGCAGCCGCGGAUGUACCAGCAGACCCUGCUCCAGGACGGCCUGUGCGACCUCCUGGAGAACCAGAAGUUUGUGGACUGCGUGCUGAAGAUCCAGGACAAGGAGUUCCCCUGCCACCGGCUGGUGCUGGCGGCCAGCAGCCCCUUCUUCAAGGCCAUGUUCCUGUCGGAGCUGGAGGAGGGCAAGAAGCGCACGGUGGAGCUGAAGGACGUGGAGCCCGGCGUGAUGGGCAUGAUCCUGCGCUACCUGUACACCUCCGACAUCAGCCUGACGGAGCAGAACGUCCAGGACAUCUUCAUGGUGGCCAACAUGUACCAGAUCCCCUCCAUCUUCUCCGUGUGCGUGUCCUACCUGCAGGAGAAGCUGGUGCUGGGGAACUGCCUGGCCAUCUUCCGGCUGGGUCUGCUGUUGGACUGCGCCCGGCUGGCCCUGGCCGCGCGCGACUUCAUCUGCGAGCGGUACCAGGUCAUCGUGAGGGACCAGGACUUCCUGCAGCUGGGGCCCGCCGAGCUGGCCGCCAUCAUCACCUCGGAUGCCCUCAACGUGGACCGCGAGGAGGUGGUGUUCGAGUCUCUGAUGGAGUGGGUCGGCCACGACAAGGCCGGGCGCUUCAAGGACCUGGCGGAGCUGCUGCAAUGCGUCCGCUUCCGCCUCAUACCCAAGGACUACUUCCAGGAGAAGGUGGAGCGCCACCCCUACAUCCGCAUGAACCCAGAGACCAAGAAGGACCUGGAAAUGGUCAAAGACGCCCAGCGGGGGCGGCUCCCCAAGCCCAGGAAGCCCAGCAGGCCGGGGGCCAAUGGUGGAGCGGGGGAGGAGGAAGACGAGGAGGAUGAGGAGGAAGGCUUGCUCCCGGGCAUCCUCAACAACAACCCUCGCUUUGGGAUGUUUGAGACGGAGCUGGUGCUGAUGAUCAGCGCCAGGGGCACGGUGGCGUACGACCCGGUGGCCAACGAGUGCUUCGUGGCGUCCGAGUCCACCGAGAUCCCAAAGAACCACUGCAGUCUGGUGACGGAGCAGAACCAGGUGUUUGUGGCCGGGGGGCUGAUCUUCAACGAGGACGACAAAGACGAGCCACUCAGCUCCUUCUUCCUACAGUUUGACCCUGUGAGCUCCCAGUGGCUGGGGAUGCCCUCCCUGCCCAACCCGCGGUGUCUGUUUGGGCUGGCGGAGGCGGAGAACUCCAUCUUUGUGGUCGGGGGUAAAGAGCUGAAGGAGGGCGAGCACGUUCUGGACUCAGUCAUGAUCUACGACAGACAGUCAUUCAAAUGGGGAGAGUCGGACCCGCUGCCCUACGGUGUGUACGGGCACGGCACUGUGUCGCACAAUGGUAUUGUGUACGUAAUAGGAGGGAAGUCAGAGAGCAAGAAGUGCCUGAGAAGGGUGUGCUCGUACGACCCCAGGAAGUUUGAGUGGAAGGACCUGGCCCCGAUGAAGAAGGCCCGCUCCCUCUUCGGCAUCACCGUCCACAACGACCAAAUCUACGUGGUUACCGGGGUAACGGACACGGGCCUCACCGGCACAGUGGAGGUCUAUGACAUCGCCACCAACAAGUGGGCAGACUUCACAGAGUUCCCCCAGGAGCGUAGCUCCCUCAGCCUCAUCUCCAUGGGGGGCUUCCUGUACGCCGUGGGGGGCUUCGCCAUGAUGCCGAGUGAGACCAGCGAGGAGCCUGCCCCGACCGAGAUGAACGACAUCUGGAGAUACGAAGAAUCUGACCUUUGCUGGAACGGGAUUUUGCGGGAAAUCAGCUACGCAGAGGGAGCAACUAUUCUUCCUGCUCGCCUCAACACUCUUCGUCUCAACAAAUUAUAAGUUAAAUGUGCCAACUCUCUUCAAUGUACGCGUGGCAUGGGGUAACCGAUGUCACCAGCCUGUGUUUACUUUGUUUCUGAACAUCAUCGAUAGUGUAAUUAAUUAAGACUCCACUAAUGCGUGUAUUGUACAGCAGGGGGCGACAAAUACGAUAUAACCAAAUAUAGAAGCAGAAGAAUGCUGUUCAUUAGAUAAGUCAUGAUCAGAGAAAACUUUAACACAAUUGUUGUACAAAAGCGCUUGACUCGACUGUUUCUACAUCCAUUUUUCUUACAUUGUUCCAUUGUGCUUUCUUUAUAACCUUUUUGUGCUAUUUAUGUGGUGGAAAUAAAAUGAUGACAUAAACAUCA